AUGCCAAAGCCAAAAGCGUCCAAGUCGAAAUCAAGCAAAGCAAAUGCACCGCCAAUUGCUGCCACACAACGGCCAGAUUGGCCGCCCUUCAAGCCGCCCUUGCCCGUGACCAAUCUGAGUCUCGAACCACCCGUCUCAGCUUUCGAGGACAAGAUACAGGUCGUGCGAGCAUUCUUUCCCAGGUCGCUCUGUCGUGACUAUGUCACUUUCUUGCAGGGUCUGCCGUUGACGACGACGCCUGGCCAACCCAAACGCGGAGAAGCGGUCAGAGUGAAUGACCGGUUCCAGGUUGAUGACUUUCAGUUUGCACAGCGACUGUGGCUGGAGACUGGUUUAAAAGACCUCAUUCUUCAAGAUUCGGCGGAGCAUCUCUGGGGUGGCAAAGUAGUGGGUCUCAAUCCAAAUAUCCGUGUGUAUAGGUACUCUGCAGGGCAGUUCUUUGACGCACAUUAUGACGAUUUAAACCAGGUGAUACUCCCUUCUUCGACUGAGCCCUCAGGGAGCAUUGUGACCAAAACCACAUGGACGCUCUUGCUUUACCUCACGUCAGCUACGGAUGGCUGUAAGGGCGGCGAAACAGUCUUUUAUCCUCAUGAUCGCAAAGUCACAAAGGAAGAAAUCUCGGUAGCCCCAGAAACGGGGAUGCUCCUUCUUCACAAGCACGGCGAUGACUGUCUAUUACACGAAGGCCGUGAGGUCUUUGGUGGCCACAAAUGGAUCUUGCGAACUGAUCUAUGUGUGAGACGGUAG